CUUUCUCAUUUCCCCAAAUUUUCGAGCUUCCUAAGUAAUUGUGCAUUCAAGAGGAAGCAUCAAGCAUAUCAUUUUACAACACAAAAAACAGACAAAACAAAACCCCCAAACCCCAAACUCAUCAUCAUCAUAAUUGUUUGUUGCUCGAAAGAACAAUGCUCCACAUCACCUGCAUUCUUUUAAUGUGCCUUCUAAGUUCCUUCUCACCCCCAAUCAACGCUCUUCUCAACCUCACUUUACCCCACCAACACCCUCACCCCGAAUCCGUCGUCCACGAUCUCCAACGGAAGGUGAAUGCCUCACUAUGGAGAAGGGAAAUGCUGUCAAAGGAGGACCAACAAGAAGGCAUGUCGUCGUCGUCGUGUCUGACCGGAAACCCCAUCGACGACUGCUGGCGGUGCGAUCCGAACUGGGCGGCGGACCGGCAGAAGCUGGCGGAGUGCGGCCUAGGGUUCGGCAAAUACGCGAUGGGCGGCAAAGGCGGGCAGAUCUACAUCGUGACGGACUCCUCCGACCGCGACCCGGCCAACCCCGUUCCCGGCACCCUCCGCCACGCCGUCAUCCAGGACGAGCCUCUCUGGAUCGUCUUCGCCGCCGACAUGACCAUAAACCUAAAACACGAGCUCAUCUUCAACAGCUACAAAACCCUGGACGGCCGCGGCGCCAACGUCCACGUCACCGGCCACGGCUGCAUCACGCUCCAGUACGUCUCGAACAUCAUCAUCCACAACAUCCACGUCCACCACUGCACUCCCUCCGGGAACACCAACAUACGGGCCAGUCCAACGCACGUAGGGUGGAGGGGCAAAUCGGACGGUGACGGGAUUUCGAUCUUCGGCUCACGGAAGAUCUGGAUCGACCAUUGCUCGCUGUCGUACUGCACGGACGGUUUGAUCGAUGCUAUUAUGGGGUCCACUGGGAUUACUAUUUCGAAUAGCCACUUUGCGCACCACGAUGAGGUGAUGCUUCUGGGACACGACGAUAAGUAUUUGCCAGAUAGGGGCAUGCAGGUUACAAUCGCGUUUAAUCACUUCGGUGAGGGUCUGGUGCAGCGUAUGCCACGAUGCAGGCUCGGUUACAUCCACGUCGUUAAUAAUGACUUCACGCAGUGGAAGAUGUAUGCUAUCGGCGGUAGCGCUAACCCCACCAUCAACAGCCAGGGUAACCGUUACACCGCUCCCGCAGACCCUGAUGCCAAAGAGGUGACGAAGCGCGUGGACACAGACGAUAGAGAGUGGAGUGGUUGGAAUUGGAGGACGGAAGGGGACAUAAUGGUAAAUGGAGCGUUCUUUGUACCCUCAGGGGCGGGGCAGAGUGCACAGUACGCAGAGGCCACCAGUGUGCAAGCCAAAUCCGCUGUUCAAAUUGACCAGCUCACUAUGUACUCCGGUGUCUUCGGUGAUCCCAGGGAUAAUGGAGAUUUAUAUCCCGGUUUCAACGGCGGUGGGACCGUGACCGGAGCCACCAGCAAAGGCAACACAGAGGGGUCCAGCAGUGACGAUGGGGACUUCUUUGGGAUGAUAUUCAGAGGCAGCAGCAGCAGCCAAGCAGCGCCACCAUCACCUUCUUCGUCCAUUGUAUUUGUUUCAACCUUUUUGUCUCUUUUAAUUAUUUUUAUUUUGGACACUACCACCAACCAUGCCAUUCUAUUAUCAUUACUAUGAUCACACAAUUUGGGAGUGGGAAAAGAAAACAACUAACUCCCUUGAUGCCCAAAAAAUUAUCAAAAGCAAAAGAAUGAUCAAAGUUUCUAAAUACUUGUUUUUACAUUUAGAAGCUAGGAAUCAUGUUUAGGUAUGUACACAGCUCUUCAAAGUUAUUAUUAAACUCUAAAUAGAGCUAGGUGCAAUAUGAUUUGGUCAUUGCCUCAAAUGUAUAGUUUAAUGUAUUUAAUUCAGUUUGCUUCCUUUUAA